CGCGACCUUCCCGGAAGUCCCGGCAGCCUAACCAUAUGAUAGAUCAACAACCUGGAGAAGAAACCUGGAUCACCGAUUGUGACAUACGAAGACGGCAGGAAGGCGCAUUGACAGUCACAGGACCAGAGACUGCAUAACAAACUAAUCCGAGUCCACCGUUUUGGUUUUGCUGUGUUCCCUGAGGCUUCCUAGGAGGACCCCCGUCCCACCCCACAUCCCUACCACUCCUCUUCCACCAUCAUGAGCACCCGUGCGAACCCCAGGACCAACGGGAACCUGCCCCAGACCAAGAUCUGCCAGUUUAAGCUGGUGCUGCUAGGGGACAUGGCAGUGGGCAAGUCCAGCCUGGUCUUGCGCUUCGUCAAGGGCCAGUUUGAUGAGUUCCAGGAGACCACCAUCGGAGCUGCUUUCUUGGCUCAGUCAGUUUGCCUGGACGAUACCACGGUGAAGUUCGAGAUUUGGGACACAGCCGGACAGGAGCGCUACCACAGCCUGGCCCCUAUGUACUAUCGCGGGGCCCAGGCAGCUAUCGUAGUGUUUGAUAUUACAAAACCGGAGACGUUUGAGCGAGCAAAGGCCUGGGUGAAGGAACUCCAGAGGCAGGCAAGUCCCAACAUCGUCAUCGCGCUGGCAGGAAACAAGUCCGACCUCGCGGAGAAGAGACUGGUGGAGUACGAGGAGGCUCAGACGUACGCUGAAGACACAGGCUUGUUGUUCAUGGAGACGUCGGCCAAGACCGCUAUGAACGUGAACGAUCUAUUCCUGGCCAUUGCAAAGAAGAUGCCGAAAACAGACACUCAGAACCCGACGCACGCCGCCCGGCACAGGGGAGUCAACCUGCAGGACCCGGACGCCCAGUCCACCCGAAGCUGCUGUGGGAACUAAACAUCUCUUAGUCCACUCUGUACAUCGAUAAGGGAGACCACCGACACCUUUUCCCCUUUGGUUCCCCACCUUCUACCCUUUCACCUCCAAGACUGACCUGAGAGAGAGAGAGAGAGAGAGAGAGAGAGAGAGAGAAAGAAAGAAAGAAAGAAAGAAAUGUCUAACAGAGUGAAUGAGAGAAAAAAAGGGAAAAAAGAAAAAGAGGUUUGGAUAUACCCUCCCUGGUAUUGAAAAGCGAUUUAUCUGAACAGAGAAUUGGUGAAAACACUUGUACUGUAGAUUACAGGACUCUCUCGCUCUCUCUCUCUCUCUCUCUCUAUAUAUAUAUAUAUCUAUAAAAAAAAUGGCACUUAAUGGUGGAUGUCUGUUCCUGUUUAUUUUGCCAGCAUUUCUUUUUGCCUACUCAAGCAGUUGGGAAUGGCAGAGCUUCGACAAGAACAAAGAAAGGGAGGAAGCCAAUCUCCUAACAGCUUCUCAACACUAAAAAAGAAACACCUUAAGCUCCACCCCUCCCUGGGUUCAUCACGCACCCACCCCAGAGCACCACGAUGAACUUGAAGACGGAAAUUAUCAUCCUGCAUGCGUGUAGACUUUACCUUCUUCUACAGCUGUGAAAUCCCGGACAGGAAAUGUCUUCCCGGUUUCCUUUCCCUUCUUCUCGCGUGCUCUCCAGUCAUCCGGUCAUAUUUGCUUUGCGAUUCCUGUCCCGUCGGAAAACUACUGAUGCGGCCGUCUGUAACGUACUAGUGUUAGUAACAUAACUAUACGAUUGGUAGCAAUCCUACGUGAAAAUCUGUCGCUUGACGCACAGAUCCAGAUCCAGUCUUCUUCUUGUGCUGUUUGUCUUGAAGCAACUACAACUACACAAAAACUGCACAGAGGAAAAUGGUGGUUGAGUUAAAAAAAAAAAAGAAUGAAAGAAAGAAAGAAAAACAAUAAUGUUGGAAGGAAAAAAACAAACAAAACAGAAGUGCCUACUCUCCGUGUUCUUUGUUUUAGGCCUGCUCGGGAUGCUUUGAGUUGGCAGAUGUAUGGCAGCGUCCUUGAGGGUUUCAAGCCCAGUCUCGGUUUCACUCCCAGCUGUAAACGCACCCAAAGAGCUUCAACACUGUUCUGCACAGCGCUACAGGGUGCGUUUAGAGAUGGGGGGUGGGGGUGGGGAGAAAACGACUGGAUUGAGAUCCUCGGACCCGGAACGCACCAAUAACUUGCAACACGUUGCUGUUUGUUUAAAAAAAACGUUUUUAUCGUCACGUUUUAUGGAUGCUCGUUCGUUGUUGCCGUUUGUGUUAAAAGAAGUAAUAAUCAAUUGUUUAUUUAAAAAUUAUUUUGAAUCUGUAAUUUUACAGUUUGCUGAUCCGAUUUUAUCGUCGUUUAAGGAACGAUGGAGAAGCAUUUACAUGGAUUGAAGUCAUUGUCUUGUCUUUCACAAUCCAUUGUAUGUGUGUGUGUGUGUGUGAGAGAGAGAAAUAGAUUUGAUCUCCUGUUAACACUCGUGUGAACUGGAAAGUCAAAUAAAGCUGUGCUUUCUGCGAUGAA